AUGUAUCCUUACACGGUUCAUCUGUCCUCGAUUCUCCAUCUAGCGAACAUACUUCCACCUCCACACGACCUCAGCCUCGCCAUCGUCAAACUCCUCUCACACAAGACCUACCGGUUCUAUCAAUCCCAGAUCGCGACCCUGUCCUUGUUUCCAAGUUUGCAUCUCAAGUUUCUUCCCCCGGCAUGGAAUGCGCCGACGCCGCCCACGCCAGGAAAGGAGGUGACGGAUGAAGAAGGGAAGGAGAAGAAGGAGUGGAAGAGGAGGAUCAAGAUGUAUCUGGGCCCAGCCGUCGAAGCCUUCGGUUUCCAACGUAUCAUCUUCGGCUCGGCUCCCUCUACGUCUUCUUCCUCAUCUUCGAACGCGGCAGAUUGGUACGAGAUCGCGAGGGAGUCGUUCGCGGAGUUAGGUGUAGAACAGGUAGAUGUGGAUAAUGUGUUUGGAGGGAAUGCGGUCAGGGUUUACGGGAAGGAGAGUUAG